AUGGCAGUAAAUGUUAAGCUCCUCAGCCUGGGCUCAGGCAAGUUUGCCGUUGCUAAGGUCUUCAGAGGUGUGAGCAACACAGAGGAAACAGGCUUGUUUUCUGAGCGGGAUACAGUUCAGGUUGAGGUUGUUAUCCUGAGUGGCGUGGAGCUUGAGUUCAGAGGCAAGGAUAAUAAUGAUGACCUACAAGGGUUCAAGUUGUUCCAGCACAAGUACAUUUGUUACACUUGUGCCAACAGUACUGCCAUACGCUAUGUGCUAUAA